AUGUUUUUUUACACGCAGUGCGUUGUGUUGACACUCGCUGUGACUUUACCUGGUGUUCUUGGUCAGAAUGCAACAACCGAAGGUUUACAGCUCUUCCCUCAUGGUCCCUUCCCUUCCUUGUCUGCCAGCUGCGCAACUGCAUUCACAGCAAACUUGUCGUGUAGCCUGCUUGAGACUGGAAACUCAAUGUAUCAAUUCAACACCAAUCUAUCGACGAAGUUCUUAGACACGAUGUGUACAGACAGCUGUCGCAAGUCAAUCACUGAGUACCGGAAGAACGUUAUCAAGGCAUGCUCCAAUGAUACUAUCACGUUUGGUAACAACGGAGCAUCGUCGAGAAAGAAGUCAAGAAGCUCAACUGUUUAUCGGCCCAUUGCUCUGGCCGAUUACUACUUUACGAACCUUGAACAGAGAUGCACAAAGGAUGGAAACGGCAACUACUGUUAUAAGAUGAUUGAAUCCGAGUCUAUUGAAAGUGCUUGUGAUGAGUGCCUUCUGAAGAUGCCCCAAAUCAAACUGAGCAACCCAUAUUUCUACAAAAAAGGACUGGCAUCUCGAUAUGCAUCUCGCACAUCUAGCUGCUCUGUUUCAACACUCCCAAUUAGAACCGGCUCUCCAGUGGUAUUAACCAGUGCUUCUGCCUCUUCCUCUGCAACGCCAAAAUGUACCGCCCCCACCGUCCCUAUUCAUCCCGGAGAUACGUGCGACUCGAUUGCAGCAGCCCAGAAUAUCAGUACCUGGCAGCUUCUGAGUGACAACGGCUUGCCUGGUGGAUGUACUGAUUUCCCAUCAAACGGUACACUGUGCAUUACAGGGACCUGUCAAACACAUCUGAUGACAAAGAACGAUACCUGCCAGGGCAUUGCCAAACAAUACGGCAUCACCAUUACACAAUUCCGGACAUGGAACCCAAGCCUGAAUGGGCGGUGCACCAAUCUAGACAUAGUCAAAGGUCAUUAUGUCUGCGUGUCCAAUCCUGGUCACUUCACUCGUCCAAGGAAGAUUGGAAGCAGUAACAAAUCCGCUACGAGUGCGGUUCCAGUGCCGACGAACGUUGCACCUGGGACUAACACCCGUUGUGGGAAAUAUUACGAUGUCCAAGAAGGGGAAAGCUGUGCUCGUAUUGCUAUGGCGAAUAGUAUUUCGUUCGAUGAAAUUCUGUUUCUGAACCCAGACCUCAACUCAGACUGCACGAACCUUCGGCCGGGAUCUCAAUAUUGUAUUCUGCCCGUAGGUGAUAUCGAGACCUACUCCGGUUACGAGGCAACUGCCAGUGGGAAACCUUCAAGCAGCACAGCAACCGUCACAAGACCUGCUAUCACAGGCACCCGGACACCUUGGGACCAACUUCCAGAAGCAACCGGCAAGAGAACCGACUAUCCCAAACAGACUGAGGCACCAUUAGCAAAAGGAACCAGGAAGGACUGCGAAGAAUACAUGGAAAAUAUAUACGGCAAGGAUGUUGACUGUUCAUAUUUUCGGAUACAAGUGCCCAUGUCAUACUUUGUGACAUGGAACCCUUCUCUAUUCUACUGGAAUUGCACUCUUGCCAACGCGACUCGGUACUGCACCAAGCUUGGAGAAGGGUUUACCAUUGAUACAUCCGAGGAUGACGCUGUGUAUGCUUCUGUGCCAAAGAAUGCAGCACUCAACUCGACUCAUCGCUGCUUUUCAUGGCAUAAUGUUACCAGAGGGGAUGGCUGCGAUAGUAUCAGAGAGGAAGCUGACAUUGGCAUGGGCGCUUUUUAUGGCUGGAAUCCCAGCAUCCGUCGUAACUGUACCGGGUUGCAGUUGGGAGUUUCCUAUUGCGUUUCAGGAGAAGGCUAUGAUGACACAUCCUUCUCUACACCAACUCCCACGCCUUCAUCUACUCGACCAUCAUCCAGUGCAACACCAAAGAGCACUUGUCCACCCGGAGGCGUCACCCCACCAGGUCCAACACAGUCGGGCAUUCCCUGUAACUGCAAUAAAUAUGCCAAACAUGAAGAUGGUAAAUACUGUCAAGACAUAGCAGAUGAGAAUGACUGCACCCUUGAGCAAUUCUACAAGUGGAACCCCGCUUUGGGCGGAAAUUGUAAAGCUCUUUGGCCAGACUAUAGCUACUGCGUUGGGGUGAGCAAGUAA